CCUCCUCCAGGGAUCCUUGACGCUGCCUUCUCCUCCGCCCGGCUUGUCUCCGCCGCCGCCGCCGCAGUCGCAUCGCUGUGGCCGCGGCGCCCGGAGGAGGUGAGGAAGACGCAGCUGGGCCGCCGCCGUUAGAGGGGUCCCCGGCUGCCGAUCGCGCCCUCGCUCUUCGCCUCCGAGGUCGCCCCUCCCGCGGGGGUCUCCACUUUUUCCUCCCUCCGCUGCCAGUGCUCGCUUACUGUCGCCAUGGGGCUCCUGGACUCUGAGCCGGGCAGUGUCCUGAAUGUGGUGUCCAAUGCGCUCAACGAAACCGUGGAGCUCUACCGCUGGACCUGGUCCAUCAGAGAUAAGAGGGUGGAGGACUGGCCUCUGAUGAAGUCCCCUUUGCCCACACUCUGCAUAAGUACUCUUUAUCUCCUGUUUGUGUGGCUGGGCCCAAAAUGGAUGAAGAACCGAGAACCUUUUCAGAUGCGCUUAGUGCUGAUUGUCUAUAAUUUUGGGAUGGUUUUGCUUAACUUUUUUAUCUUCAAAGAGUUAUUCAUGGGAUCUUAUAAUGCAGGAUAUAGCUAUAUUUGCCAGAGUGUGGAUUAUUCUAAUGAUGUUAAUGAAGUCAGGAUAGCUGCUGCUCUGUGGUGGUACUUUGUUUCUAAAGGCGUGGAGUACUUGGACACAGUGUUUUUUAUCCUGAGGAAGAAAAACAACCAAGUCUCUUUCCUUCAUGUGUAUCAUCACUGUACAAUGUUUACCUUGUGGUGGAUUGGAAUUAAGUGGGUUGCAGGGGGACAAGCAUUUUUUGGAGCCCAGAUGAACUCCUUCAUCCAUGUGAUCAUGUACUCGUACUACGGGUUAACUGCACUUGGUCCAUGGAUUCAGAAGUAUCUUUGGUGGAAACGAUACCUGACCAUGCUGCAGCUGGUUCAGUUCCAUGUGACCAUCGGGCACACCGCACUGUCCCUUUACACUGAUUGCCCCUUCCCCAAGUGGAUGCAUUGGGCUUUAAUUGUCUAUGCAAUCAGCUUCAUAUGUCUCUUUCUUAACUUCUAUGUUCGGACAUACAAUCAGCCAAAGAAAUCAAAAACAGGAAAAACAGCUAUGAAUGGUGUUUCAGCAAAUGGUGUGAACAAAUCAGAAAAACAACUAGUGGUAGAAAAUGGAAAAAAGCAGAAAGAUGGAAAAGCAAAAGGAGAGUAAACUGAACUGGGCCUUAACUGUUGUUGACAGUGAGGAAGCUCCCAUUUCGUAUAAAAUUUCAGGGAAAACAAGCAAAUGAGGGCUUAGGGUGGGGAGAAAAAAGCAAAUGUGCUUCAUGUAUUAGUAACCGAUAGACUGAGUAAAGUGUUAAAUAUAACACCCAGAUGUUUUAUUUAUGAAGUUUUUAUUUUAAACAUUUUUUUUUAUUAUUAGCCUUGAUGUUGUCCAGACCAAAGUAAUCACUAUGUGACUUUGGAGAGUCUCCCUUUGUCCACAUCUGUUUGUCUAAUGCAUGAGAUUUUUCAUGUUACAUAUAGAUGGUCAUUUUUCAGUCUGAUGAUCACAGAAAUGCAGUCUAUGAAUUUUGUGACUAAAUUACUAAUUGCUGAUUGAUUAAAAUCAGUUACCUUCCAUUUUUUGGUCCAAAGCUAGAAAUGUGGGUCCUUUUAAAAUUUGCACAUUUGAAUGCAUUUGCUGACUGAAAUAGUCAAAUCUCUCCACCUCUAGUUGAAUAUACCCUUUGGGUUUUAAUUAAAUUAAAAUAUUUGCUGAUCUCUAUAGACUCUUAGAGGCUUGAUGAUGAUGGUGUUGGUGAAAAUAAGAAAGAAUUACAGUAAAAUCCUGUCUGGGGACCCAAAGGUCACCCUGACUGGUGGCACAAAUCACUGUGGGAAACAAUUUUUGUGAUGAAAAGGUAGCCUUUCAGUACUCCUACUAUUGUCAGAAAUAUAUAAUGAAAAUUAAGAUUAUUGUCUGAUUGGAACAUGAAACAACUCAUGUCUUUAUUAGUACCAUCAUAAAAUAGCUACAUUUAUGUGCUAUUAGAAAAGAAUAUGUUAACUUUUAUCAGGCUUUCCUUGUUUUGAUUUGUGGCUGUUACUGAUUUUUCAUAUGUGGAAAUAAUACCUACCUCUUCUGUUGGAAAGAACAUUUAAAAUUAAAUAAAUUUUAAUUAAAAAAUCAAGGAGUCUUCUAAUGUAAAUUUUAAUAUUAACUUUUGAAUCCACUAGAAUUUUUUUGCUUUUUUUACAAAUAGCAUACACCAAACUUUUCUGUGAAACUAUUCUUCUCUUUCAAUGUGCUUAAUUUUGAUGUAAUGUUUUCCUUGUGAUGAAGUUGCAAGAUCUUAUUUAUUAACUAGAUAUGAAGUGUAAACCCAUCUUGGUGCAAUAUUCCUGACUCCUUGGUGCUAAAUAUGGUCAAAUCAGUGCUUGAUUGUUACAAGGUGUUAAUUUUUAAGACACAAAGUGAAUAAAAGUGAGAUUAGUUAGAAUAUAAGAUGAAAAUUACUAUUCGCAAAUAAAGUAUUUCCUGUAAUAUAAAUGAACAACUAGAAAUAACACUAGGAGAGAGAACUUGUACAGUGUCUUAUUACAUAGGUUAAAUGGCUAGGGCAUGUUGCACAGGGAUCAUUAUAGAAAGAGAAAAAUGUGACCAAAAAGCAUGAAUAUUUCUUAGUAUCUCAACAUGUCAAAACUGUAUGUGCAGGAUGUAUGCUGUUUGUGCAAACUCUUUCAGGAUAUUUUGUAAAAUAUUUAUUGUGCAUUAAAAUGACAUAUCCCCACCCAGCCCCCAAAGGCAUGAAGUCAUGAGAAUUAUAGAAAAGUUUGCAAUACAUAUAAAAGUUUGAAAGAACAGGAUUCAACACCUUUGUUUUUGCUGCUCAGUGUGUAAUGACUAGAAAAUUGUGAAUCUUUGUGAACAUUCUGUACUGGUUUCCCAGGGCUAUUCAUUCCCUGUUACCUGAUUUCAGCACAAUAAAUAUACUAUUGCUGUGGGAAAA